GUCACAGAGCAGUUUGCUUCCAUUCACUACGGCAAAGCUUCACUCAUCUGUACAACUUUCAAAGGAAAUCCCGUCUGUGGUGGAGCAAUGACCUUGUGGCAGCUCUACUAGUGGGAGGGGAGAUAGAGGAGAGUAGCGUCUGUGAGAGUAACGGAAAGAAAGUGAGAGCUAGAGAGGGAAAAGAGAACCAUAGAACAGAGUUAAGGGAAAGCGCCUCAGACAAGGGUCGUAAUCUACACCAAUGAAUGACAUCAAACUGGCCCUCCUGGGCAGUGAGGGAGCUGGCAAAUCGGCGGUUUUGGUGAGAUUUUUGACCAAGCGAUUCAUAGGAGAAUAUGCAUCAAAUGCAAACUCCUUAUACCAUAAAAGGUUCUCCAUUGAUGGAAGGCAGUUGAACUUGGAAGUCUUUGAUCCAUGCUCGCAAAGUGAAGAAAGCAGAUGUAUCUUGGAGGAACCAUUGGACUGGGCUGAUGGCUUUGUGGUGGUGUACACGAUCAGUGACAGUACGUCCUUCCUAAAUGCCAAAAACAUUCUGGCGCAGAUCAAAGAGAGCCGUCGAGAGACCUGUAAAGGGGAAGUUCCCAUCUGCCUGGUGGGUAACAAGCAAGAUCUGUGCCACAGCCGUCAAGUGAGUGAGGAGGAGGGCCGUUCCCUGGCCCAAGAAAACAAAUGCCUCUUCCAGGAGGUGUCGGCAGCUGAGAACUACCUGGAGAUCUCCAACCUCUUCAUAAAGCUCAUCCGCAACGUGAUGGAACAGCUCAAACACAGAGGCGACCGCAGGCGAUACAGUGGCUCCAAGUCCAUGGCCAAGCUCAUUAACAAUGUCUUUGGCAAGAGGAGAAAAUCUGUUUGACGGUGGAGCAAAUAAAGUGCUCCGAAAUGAAUCUCCACUGAAUCAGGAAUAGAGUUGUCCUUGGUAAACCUACACUGAUGUUAUUUAAAUUUUCUUGGAUACAUACUGUGAAAUCGGAAGCAGUUUGAGAGAUCCCAUGUAGCUGAAAACAUGAUUGUUUAAAAGUUGUAUGCAUGAGCUAUAAAUACUAUAGUGCUAGGACAAAAACGUGCAUGUUUAUACAAACCCACUGGGUUUAUCGUAUUAGCUCAUUAACUCUCCUUCACAAUACAUUUUGCAUGAUUAUUAUUUGAGUAUAAGUAUUCUUAAAUUGGGUUUUCAAUAGUAAAGUGAAGCACCCUUGGGUUUCUUUAUUCUCAUAUUACGAUGACUUGUUUUCCUGUAAUGGAAGAGUUCGACUAGUGAAAAACCAAAGCGAUUGUAGCCUAAAUAUUCAAAAGAUUUGUUUUUGACACAUUUUAAUGUCUUGGUAAUAUUUUACAUAAUACUGAUGAAUGAUUUUAAAUGCUUGAAACUUUCAAUUUUCUCUUCAAAGGGUACCACACAUUCCUUCUUCCCCUUUUUGAAAUUGUUUUAUUGGCAUGAGACUGUUUGCAUUAAGGAAUGUACAACAAAGUGCAACUGAAUUUCAUCUGUCUAGAUGAUCUGAUGAAGUGUAAACCGAAGAUAAAUUACCAUUCUAAAAAGCCAAGCCAAAAUACCUUUUGCAUUUCUUCCAUUGCAAUCUUGUGCUAAUUGCAUUUGUGAGGGGAAACGAAUGUACUGCAGCAUUUCUUAAAGUAAACUUUCAAGAUUCUUUUAAAUUUGCCUAGAUUAAUUACUCAUAGGAUGCAGGGAAGAAUGUCAAGAUGUGGUUACUGACAAUCUUCCAAAUAAUUGUCUUGGUGUUCAGCAGAACGAAAAAUAUGUAUACAGGAUUGGAACAACCUGAGGAUAAAUGAUGAUUUUUCAUUUUUGGGUGAACUAUCACUUUAAGUAACAAUAACAGGCAACACACAGUCUGUUUUUAACACAAAUGAUUGCAUCACAUAUUGUCAAUAGUAUACUGAGUGUUAAACUUACAAACAGUUUUUAUUUGGCUUACUAUCCCGGGUUUCCAUUGAGUGUUUCAAGAUAUCAAAGCACAGUCUAAGUUGGGCCGAGUGUGAACCUCUAAGUUAAUGAGUUCUUCAAAUAAAUGAGUUCUCCAAAGGCUAAUUGAAGUCAGGUUUUCAAAUCAAUGAGAUGAGAUUGGUGGCUGGAGGUAUGUUACCUUAGAAAGAAUUAGACAUGUUUAGUUACGAAGAUUAACUCGAGAAAAAGCCAUGCCCUGAAAACAAUGUCAUCUGUCACAUUUAUUACAUAAACAGAUUACUUUCUGACUUCAAGAGUAUACAUUGACGUACACAUAAAUGUAUACAUUAAUAUUUAAGUUAAAAAAAGAUAAAGUAAGGAAGGUUACUUAGAUUAAUUUGAAUAAAAAAAAAAUCAAAUAGCUGAAUUGACUGUAGUUACCUGGAAAUGUGCACUCAUGAGUGUGAACAGACACUAGUCAUAGACAGAGAUGGCAGGGCAGAGCUUUAAUGUACUCUUCUCAAAAUCCAAGUGGCCAUAUUUUGACAAGUUUCAUGUUGUCAAGUGUGUUAUGUGCUAAUGACUAUCCACACAAUAUUAAACGAAGGUGUAUCUGUUAUAAUAAACUACAACGAUUCAUAGUUGUUCAUAGUUGUAGUUGUAGACAAUUAUCUAAUUUUACCACUUUAGAAGGCCUAUUGUACUCUUUAUCUUAAUGACAGUGAAUUUCCUUAAUGUGAUUUUAUUUUUAAAUAAACCUCUAAAUUUUAAUGUGUUAAACACAUAAUUUUCAAUCAGAAGGGUUGUACAUUUUUGUAUAUGACAUACAUAGCUAUAGGGGUCAGGAAAAAAAGUGGUCAGAGUAUAAUAAUUGUCUUAAUGUGUACAGUAUAUUAUGAAGGUGUUGAAUGAAAAAAUAAUAAAAAGAGUAAAAAGAGUGAACAACUGUCAGGUGAGGGAAAAGUAGAAAAUUCUACAGUUGUUAAUAAUAACACCAUAUUUUUAGUCAUUACUCUUCAUAGCUUUUCCUAAAACUGGAUGAUGGAAAAUGUUACAACCUCUAGUGUGCAGGAGUUCAUAAAUUCACAGUUACAUCCAUAGUACUGUGGAUAAUCUCCCUUAGAAUGGGUGUCCUGAACAUAACCAUCCCAGCCAUUAAGUAUUUUUCAUGUUUAAACUGUAAAAUGUCAUUUUACCUUCAACCAUCAAUAAAAGUUGGUUGCCAGACUCCACAUG